CGAGCAUACCAGCGGGCCCUGGCUGCUCAUCCGUGGAAAGUACAGGUCCUGACUGCUGGACUAUCUGGAUGAAUAGUCAUUUCUGGAGAAAAGAAGAAAUCUUUAUCCACCAGCUCCCAUCCCACAUUGGCCAAAGGUUCACCCCAUGGGGUGUUAACUCCUGUCCACUACCAGGCAUAACGUGCAUAGUCACUGAAGGCAUCAGUUGCAAAGCCCCAGAAAUAUUGCUGCCUAUCCUUCCCCUGAGGUGACCAGGAAGAGAGGGUCCCUGAUGGGCCUGGGUGACAUUAUCUCACAACAGCUGGUGGAGAGGCGGGGUCUGCGGGAACACCAGACUGGCCGGACCCUAACCAUGGUAUCUCUGGGCUGUGGCUUUGUGGGCCCUGUGGUAGGAGGCUGGUACAAGGUUUUAGAUCGGUUCAUCCCUGGCACCACCAAGGUGGAUGCACUAAAGAAGAUGUUGUUGGAUCAGGGAGGCUUUGCCCCAUGUUUUCUCGGCUGCUUCCUCCCCCUGGUAGGGGUACUCAAUGGACUGUCACCCCAGGACAAUUGGGCCAAACUACAGCGGGAUUAUCCUGAUGCCCUCAUCACCAACUAUUAUCUCUGGCCCGCUGUGCAGUUAGCCAACUUCUAUCUGGUCCCCCUUCAUUACAGGUUGGCUGUUGUCCAGUGUGUUGCUGUUAUCUGGAACUCCUACCUGUCCUGGAAAGCACAUCGACUCUAAUGCUGCCUAGCUUCAUCUUUUCCAUCUAGCAGGGAUGCAGCUUGACCCUGGAGUGGUCAGACAUCCUCCUAAAAGUGGGCACAUCAGUUUCUCUGGGGUUAGGUUACUGGUCAGAACAUCAUGGAAUUAGUACUCUGAAAUACCUCAUUUCACUCUGAAAUGUAAACUCACUGCUUUUUGAAAUGGCUAAAGCCUUUAUAACAAUCUCAUUCCCACCACAUACUAGGCAUUCCAUAGAUAUUUGUUGACCCUUAUGAUCUUGUCAACUUUACAUUCAUAUCCUAGCAAAUGCCACCUGUUCUACUCUUCAUAGACACAUCUGUUACUAUAACCCAAGUCGAGCUCUAUGGCAGCUCCAGCUCUUUGGGGACCCUCCUCAAGCGUUUUUUAUGGUGCCUUAGUAAAUAUGUUAUUAAAUAUGUAAUCUGGAACCUGAA